AUGUGUUAUGUGGUGUGGGACCAGGGUGGGCCAAGCCUCGUGGUGGGCGAGGCCCACUCAGGCCCCCCAAAAGCAGAACUCCCCCAACCCCGUGGAGUCGGCCUGAAACCCAACAAAAAAAGACGUUCAAAAUGUUUGCUCUCACUUCUAUCACCCUAUUUAUCUCUGAUUGCAGAUAUCCAUUCAAAAGUUGAGUUGAGGAGAUGUCUUAGGUUGAGCUUGAAGAAGGACCUCAAGCGAUUGGUGAAAAAUUCGUGCUGUGCUUUGUGUGGUGAUGUAAAAUACAGGCCUCCCCCUAGUAAAAAUCUGGCCCGUUUACUCAAACGCAGGCCGAGAGCUGGCCGACCCAGGCUGACUGAACGGUGGAAAAAAUCCAGAUAUAUUUCAGAACCCCUUCAUCCCCCGACCACGCAGAAUUUCCAAUUUGAAAAGUCCCCCGUGGUGAAACUAUGUGACGUAGCCAGAGUGUUUGCGAUAGCCUCGCGUGAUUUCUCAUGUGUCUUGCCACCGAUACUAGAAAGAAAGAGAAAAUGCACAAGUGUUGGGUGCUUAAAGAGAGAAUUUCUGGUGCAUCCUCAUCACCAUGACAUCAAGAAGCAUAGGAGUAUGAUUGCCAACCAAUCCUGGGAAGUUUCCACUCCAACCAAUAGCUGUGCUUCUUUCUUAUCAGGUGAGCCACCAUUGGGAGCUACAGGAAGCCAGUACGUUUCAGAGACAGCAGAGACUCGAGAUGGAUGUGCAAAGGACUCGGAUGGUUAUCUUGCAAGGAAUCCUGAGAGCAGGAGGAUGAGUCAGGCUGAAGGAACCACCUCUGUACUUUCGCAGUGUGGUGGUCAGGUGUGCUCAAUGAAGAACAUCAAAGAAAGGUGUGAGGGUACAUCCAGCCUGGAGCGUCGUAUACCGCCUCUAAUACUCAGAAGAGUUAAUGCAGGUAAUGGUUGUGAUUCCCGAGGUGAGGCUGACAAUGAGAAUGGUGAUUUCUCUCUAGAUGAGGCGGAGGAGGACAAUGGAGGAAGUGACGAUUCUGAUGCUGAGCUGAACUCGCCCGAAUGUUUCUCCUGCCAGAGAACGCAAGCUUAUGUGUUUUUCCAUCAGCCGUCUUGUGCCCGUGCCUGCAAAACUUGGCCCUUUCCCAGGACGGGCCCUCCUGAAGAACUGAGGUCAUCGUUGCGCACCGGACCUUGCUGGAUUGUUAACAAGUCAUUCCUUGUCACCACGCCGACUGCUCUCAGUGAAACAACUAAAUGCUUAUUGGAUAAUGAUUUUCAAUAUAAACUUUGCCAGCUGACAGAGCAAAGCCUGGGUAGUGCGGAAACAAAAGAAGUACAGGUUUCUUUAGGUGAGAAUGCGUCCGAACCUACAGAACUUGAGUCAAACCAAAUUGUACAGGAAGCUUUUGAGGAUUCCAGCGAUGUUCUUGAGCUCUCUGCACCUACUGGAAAUGAACUGGUUAACAACAACAAACUUACUGGUCUUGGUCAUAUAGUGGAAAAUCCAAAUGUCUUACUUGGCACGCCUGAUCGGCAAGCCAUCUCGGUUGGACCCAAAAAUCUGCAUGAUAUUCCUCUCUUCGGAACAGACAAUCCAAACUUGGCAACCGGAUGUGAAACUGGAUGUGCUUUAAAUUCCAACUGUACCCAAAUCAGUACCUACAUUGUCAGCCAAACCUCAAGUGCUCCAGCAGGGGAAAUUCAAGAAGAGCCCAAAAUUGAUGUUGGGGCCUUAACGCUUUACAAUCCAGACACUCUCUCUGAACUAUGUCUUAAAGUCGAAAUGCUUAAAGCACAGUGCCCAUCCUCAGCGAUGACCCCUUCAACAACCAAACAGGGUACUCAAAAUGCAGUCACACUUGAAUUCAGCAGCAAUACACAGUCUUCAGGAAAGAUUCAGUCACAGUCUUCAGUCACAGAUUCAUCAUCUUCUGCGAAUGAGAAUGAACAUGACAGCAGUCUGUCUUCAGAUGUGAACCUUGUGGAAUAUGAUGAUGCUGAGAUUUUGGGGUCUAAUGACCCCACCACAGGGACCCCACCACAAUCAUCACAGCGUUGUGCAGUUGACAGUUUUCUGGAUGUUUCCCGAGCAUAUGAAGAAGAUGUCCUUGUACUGGAUGUGAUACAAGAUGAUCCAGAGUUGUUUGGCACUAUUGUCACUGAAACAAUCAAAACACCAGAAACAUUGGAAGAGGACAGUAUGGAGGCUCUGUCAAAAUGUCAAACUGGGAAUCACUGUAAGAUUGUGUGGGACUUGGAUACGGACAGCAGCAGCAAAUCUAUCCCAACCGCUACAGAUGUAGAGAUGAAGAAUGUGGAAGAUGGUAGUACAGUAAAUGAGAGAGAGAGUUGCAAAGCUCAGCCUAUCCAGAGCCUCCAGGUCCCAUGUGCUUUAAAGCCACAGGCUGCCAUAGACUUGAAUAACAACCAGGAGAUCAAAAAUAGCAACAAUCUGUACAGCAUUAAGACAAUAAACACAACAACAAGAAGGCUUGUAAUGGACAUGAGCAAUAUCGGACAUGGUUACACUUCUGCUUUAAGAACUUCAAAUAAUUACUGUAAAUUCUACUUUAAUGAACACAACGUCUGCCAUCGAAGUACCUGUUGGUUCCUACACAUGCCAAAGGAUGGAGAUGAAAUGUUCUGUAUGGAUAGAAUACAAACUUUCUGUUUGGUUGGUAUCCCUCCAAUUGUACUACGAGCAGUCGAGGUGUUUAUGGGAUAUUACAGCAGAUGUUCCCCUGGUGUGAGUUUUAGUUUGGAGAUUGUCCGUUUUUUGCUGUCAUCUCUUCUCAAUCUGGGCUUCUUGAGGGAGUUUAUGGACGUCAUCAACUUGCUUCUCACACACAAGAGUCCACCUCCUCCUGAGAUUGUGUUAUCUGCUUUUAAACACGUGAGGGACAGAGGCCUGAUCGACUUUGUAUCUGAGCUUAUUUUACUCACCUCAAAGGUUGUUGAGGCUGGAUGUGUAUUUAGUGUUGAUCAGUGUGAAGUCAUGCAGAGUCACCUGCAAAUGAUGCAGGUUCCCAGACGGCAGAUGGACAUUUUCCUCAGUGUCAAAUGCAGAGCUCUGGCAACUAAUCCUCUUACCGCUCAGAUUUCUGAUCUGGCCCAAGCUGUUGUGAGGGUAGAGAUGUUGAAGCAUCAGGAGGACUGGUUACGUCUGGCACACGUCUUCUGUGAUGUUUGUGUGGGUCCACACAGUAACACUGAACUUCACAGGUUCUACUGCUGUGUUACCAUGGCACUGUUAAAGGAAACCAAAGACAAACUUACCCUCCCGUAUGAAGUGUUUGCUGAAUCAGUAUGUCAGCAGGUCCCCUUUGAUGACAUGGUAAAAAUCGUCCUGGGGAGAAUCGGAGUCUCACUGAUUUUAAGGUACCACAGGACACGAGAAUGGAAUAAGGGAGUAAAGCUCAUCAAUGUGAUGUUCAGACUGCACAUUGAGUUCACCACACUUAAAGGGCUUAUGGGUAAUGAAUACAAGGUGUCCCGUUGCCAUAUGGUCACCACUGCAACUGAACUCUUCAUCUACAGUGGUAGUAUUGAAGGCGCUCUGAAAAUGCUCAGAGCUGAUAACUGGUUCGUGACCUCAAACGUGUGGCCAUGUGACCCACCUGACAUUGAAUAUCGAAAGCGUGUCUUGACUCUCUUAGCAGGGAAGACUUCACACAGAGACACCUUUGACAUUCUUGCUAACUUGCCAGGACUGAAACAACCUAUAAAUGGUGUCCAGAUAAAUGGGUAUACUGAAAUGUUCAAUGACCAUCUGCGUCUGUGUGUGAUGAAGCAGACAUUGCCGGUCGCUGCGGAUAUUCUCGAUUUCAUGUUAACACAGGGGAUGGUUCCUGAAACCCUUCAGCUACAGAGCCUCAUUCACAAACUGGGCAAGCAGAACCACUGGAGCCGUGCAAGAGCGCUCUUUAAACGUGCUCGGUCAGCAGGCUAUUACUCUGCAGUGGUGUGCGAACUGGACGGUCUGUUUCUGCCCUGUAGUCUCAGUGAGAUUGAGAUGACGCUGGCCUUCGAGAUGUUCAUCACCUUCAUUAAAACAAACCUUCAGACCCCAACUGGAUCCACCCAGCCCCUUCUCAUCACGCUUAAACGGCAAGGUGAUGUUGAGGACGUAACCGAGAGCGUGUACCUGGCAGCUGGCUGUCGGCUCCUCUCCGCAGCACUCAUACCGAACCCCAAAUUGAGCAUCCGCUACACAGCUGUCAAUCAAAGACAGGAGCAGUUGUUUCUUCUGGACCGUGGCUCAGCCCACAAAUGGCUUUCUCAAAAUGAGCAGUGGGCACUGGAGAUGUGGGUAAGUUAACCGAAGCUUGUGAAGAGUGCCAAAGGUCUCGCGCUAAUCAAGUUAACCCAUGCGUUUCAAACUGUUAUGUGAAACUGGUUGCACAUUUUUAUUUAUGUGGCGUUUCUGUUCAUCUUGUUUGUGUUUUCUGUUAUAUAUUUUUGUUAAAAACUUUAAAAGACAUGACCGUUUUAAGUUGUCAUUUUUUGUUGUUCUUUCAAGGUCCUUAACAUAAUGUAUAUGUACCUUUUAAAAAGGAUCUAUAGAAGAUUAACUGUUGUCAUCUGAGGCCACAAACUUUAGAAAGUUCAUACAGAAGAUAAGGCUAAUAAUAAAACACUAUGUUUUCUAAAACAUCACGUCUAAAAUAGUUUGUGCCUCAUCUGUAAAUAUUUCUUUUAUGUGCAGUGUAGUUUUUGUGCAAGUAUCAAGAUAGUUGGACUGUUACCAUUCACUAUGCAAAUCAGAAAUAUCUUCUGUGAUUAAGAUAAAAAUCCCUGAAUGCAGCAGUUCUGAGUAGCACUUUACAUUAAAAUAAAAGCUAUUUCAUCAUUGGGUACAUUUUGGUCUGGUUUGUCAAGUGAUGU